AUGAAGCAUUUCUUGCAGCUGAUCGCUGGCGUUGGCGUUGCAGCGGCAGUGCCUCUACAGCAUCGCGCUGGCACGACAUACUUUUUCACCUUUGGUGACUCUUAUACACAGACAAACUUCGAUAUCAAUGGCACCCAGCCAUCUGCCGGAAAUCCCAUGGGAAAUCCAACAAUUGGAACCGGUACAACUGCCGGAGGCAUCAACUGGGUAGGAGAUUUGACCACCGUCGAAAACUCUUCGCUGGUUCUCAGCUAUAACCUUGCGGUUGGAGGAGCGAGCAUCGACAACUCCAUUGUCAAUACGAGUGUCAAGGAUGUGACAACUCAAGUCAGUGACUUUGAGCGGACUUACAGUAACAAGCCUGAAUCCGCACCGUGGACUUCGGAGAACGCGGUCUUUGGGGUUUGGAUUGGGAUCAAUGAUAUCGGUUCGGCCUACUCGAGCAACGAAGCUAGUGUGUUAGUUCCAAAAUUGCUGGCGCAGUAUAAGUCUCUCAUUGAGAAGAUUUACGCAAAUGGUGGACGAAAAUUCCUUAUACUUAAUGUCCCACCCACCAGCCGGUCUCCCCUGCUUCUCGAUCAAGGGACAGAUGCUGUUGAAGCUCACGCGAAAUGGCUCGCAUAUUACAAUGAGAGCCUCCAAAAAAUGAUUGAUGACUUCAAAGCAAACAAUUCCGGGACGACCACUGUUCUUUACGAUAGCUGGACAUUCAUGACGAAGGUUCUCGACAGUCCCGAGACCUAUGGAUUCCCGGAUGCAACUUGUAUAAAUGAUGACGGCACCAGCUGCGUCUGGUGGAAUGAUUAUCACCCAGGCCAAAAGUAUCAUAAAAUCCAGGCGGCGGACAUGAAACCUCAUUUGCAGGCACUCGGUGCUUGGUAG